CAAAUCAAUCCUUCCAUCCUGAUGUUUAUCAGAGACCUGGGACACAUCUUGGACUGCAUGGUCUAGCCACUGCCCAGGUUUGCAAGCUGUCUAGCCCUUUAGUAGUGGUUUUCCAUUGUUUCAUCUUUCACUAAACAAAGGGACACUUAAUUGUUCCCUUGUUCAGCCUGAAUGGAAGUUGGCUGUCAUAACCAACAGCUUCAAUGAAAUGGUAUGAUUGUUAGGCUGGAGGUUGGGCAAUAUUAGUCAUCUGAUAAGUAACUAAAAAAAAUGUAGCCCAGAUACCACUAAACUAGUCAAUUAAGAAUUUCUAAUGAGAGUUUUGUCAUUGAUAUCUAUGGGAGCAUGACGGCCUUUGGACCUUAAUAUUUAUAUAAAGACUGAGCCAGUUCUCUGUAUGUACAGCACUACCCCUAGGUGUAGCUGAUUAAAGCAGUCAUGUGCCUCCCUUCAUGUUCCUACCGCUAGAUGUCACCCUGACAGUAGUUUUUUAAAGCGUGACAAAAAGCAGGAAAGGAGAAGAAAAUUAUAUCCCACGGGCAAUCUCUUAUCUCGCGGCUCAGCGUGGACGACCCUGUGCUAUGUAAAUCCACACCAAAUCAAAGGCGUGGAGUCAAGUACUUCAAAUUAAACAACCAAAUGAGACUGAGUUACAUUAGCAAACCUCCUCUAAACCCGAGUGCAGCCCGAGGCGCAGGCGAUUAAGUCUGAUAGCGAGUGCGAGAUGCGAAUAACGUUUUGUAUCAAUGGCAGUAACUUCCCAAAUGCCGACAAGAUAAUCCACAGUACUAGUGUGAACACAGUCCGGAGCUAGUGUUCUGAAUGCAUCCCCGAGGUGGGUCAGCUGUGUCAGAACUGCCACAGAUAAAAGGGGCAAGAUCAGGGCAGACUUUGGGCGUGAGGGUUACGUUAGUAAAGACAGGGCUGCAGAAGUGCUAUUUGUCAGCAGGAAGGAGACGGGUUUGGCUGGCAGCGGGGUUAGGGGAGGGAGUUCGGAAUUGAAUGUGCAGUUGAGGCGAGGCAUGUUAUAGGAUGUAGGGAGGGUAUUUGGCAGGCAGCGGGGUAUGAUGUAGAUUGAGACUGGAGGAGGCAGGCGUUGGGGUUCAGAUUUAUUUUUAUUUAUUUUUGUGUAAAGGGAGCGCCUAAGUUUGUGUUCUGUUUGGUAGGGCAAGACUAUCUGGUAAGAGGCGGGGUCAAAGUGCAGAAGGGUUAGAGAGGCUCCUCACAGGACGAUUGGCAAAGAUAAGGAAAAGGAGGACAGGGAACAAGGGAUUAACUGCCACUGUUUCAGGACCCAGAUUUUUCAGGGAGCGGCAAGAACAGCUCAAGACGCUCCCUAUUUAGGCUGGGAAAUUGAAGGGUGGGGGGUUAGGGCCCCAAACUGGCAGGAUCCAGUCUCGCCUUUGGUCUAAGUAGUACAAUUUGCAGGGUGGGAGCCAAAAAUUGGCUGGAUCCCGCGGGAUCCAGAUCCGUGGAUCGGUGGCACUGACGUGCCAGGAGGCGUUGGGGACUGAACGGCUUUGGGGUGAGAGGAGCGGCUACAUGUCUCCGCUCUUCACGCGUUAGAACUGGAGGGUGGGGGCCAAACGUGGUUGGAUCCAGAAAAAUCCAGCUGCCGGAUCCGGGGAUUUCUGUACCGGCGCAGCACAGGCCUAGGGUUUUUCGGUGCAAAAGGCGCGGUGAAACGUGAUCUCUAGUUAGCCCCAAUGUGAGGGCUGUGUGGACGAAAAUCAGCAGGAUUCUGGCAAAUCCUGUUUACACCCAGCCCCAGCGGAGGCGGGGUGGAGCCGGAUGGAAGCAGAAGGCGGGGCUGGAAAGAGGGAGGAUAGGCGGGCUGAAGUCUGGGCAUCAGACUUGCAAGGUCGCGUGUGGGCUGCGCCAGCGCGCCUUGGAAUCUCACCCUGUCCUGAGCCUGGAGACCUCAACCGAGGUAGAAAGUUUGGUUCCUUUGUAAUGGAGAGCGGGAAGACUCUGGAUCGGGAUGAAGUUCAGAAACCGGAGCCUGGGAGAAAUAUGGGAAACCAUAAAGAUUCGAAUACAGAUUUGCAAAUCACCUACACCCACGAAGAGGUUGCAUUUUUUCAUUUACAUCAAACACAUCAUUUUGAUGAAUUUGAAUACCCUUCAGAUCAACACUGCAGGGGAGAUCUCUUCCCCAAAUGGCACUUGCCACUGAAAAUAGCAUCUAUAUCCUCAUUGCCAAUAUUUAUCUAUACUUUUCUCAGAGAUGUGGUCCACCCUUUUGUCACUACUAAUGAAAACACUUUCUAUAAAAUUCCAAUCCUGGUCAUAAACAAAGUUUUACCAGUGGUUUCAAUCACCCUUCUGGCACUGGUUUAUUUACCAGGGAUAUUAGCUGCAGGUUUCCAGCUCCACUAUGGGACCAAGUAUAAACGAUUUCCACCGUGGUUGAAUGGAUGGAUGUUAUCAAGAAAGCAGCUCGGCCUUCUCAGUUUUUUCUUUGCCUCAAUGCAUGCAUGCUAUAGCUUGUGCUACCCAAUGAGGAGAUCUUACAGAUACAAGCUUCUGAACUGGGCGUAUCAACAGGUCAAGCAAAAAAAGGAAAAUGCCUGGAUUGAACAUGAUGUCUGGAGAAUGGAGAUUUAUGUGUCUCUAGGAAUUCUGGGACUAGCUCUGCUGGCCAUACUGGCAGUAACAUCAAUUCCAUCUGUCAGCCAUUCUUUGACCUGGAGAGAGUUCCACUAUAUUCAGAGCAAGAUGGGGUAUUUAGCUUUGCUGCUAUGCACAAUUCACGCAUUGGUAUUUGCCUGGAAUAAAUGGGUUGACGUAAACCAAUUUGUGUGGUACACCCCUCCUACAUUUAUGAUAGCCGUUUUUCUUCCUAUUAUAGUCCUGCUUUGUAAAAGCGUCCUGCUUCUCCCAUGCCUUAGGAAGAAGAUCCAGAAGAUCAGAUGCGGUUGGGAUGCUAACACAGAGAUGAAUAAAACACAGAUGACUUCCAGACUGUAGAUUGAAUGAGUGUUUAUCCUGCUGCCAUGUAUAGUUUUAAUGAGCUCUAUGAAAUGGUCACAUGUUGGGGGUUUUUUGCAUGCAUGGGUUAAAUACUUCUUUUGUAUUUUUCAUUUCCACUUUUGUUUGGGGGUAUGGCAUCUGUGUUCUCCUCUGACCUGAUCUGGGCUAAGGGAGUACCCUUUACUGAGACAGUGGAUUGAAUUGGGGUCCUCAGGCAUUCACUUAUUUCUUUAUUCUGAGUCUUAUGCCGUUUAAAAUCCAAUUCUUCAUUCCCAUAAGUAAUACUAUCAUCAGCCAUAGGGAAAGGCAAUCAUAAAUCACUGCUUGACAUGUUGACUACAGAGGUUAAUAAGAUAACAAUUUGAAAGAACCAGAUCUGACUCUUCUACUAUAGAGGGUGUUUCCCAGUGCUUCCUGUGUUUAAGGUAACACGUCACAUUUUUCCCCCAUUCCUUUUUUCCCCUCUUUUUUUAUUUUUAUUUUUUUUUCCAAUUUGCUUCUUUAUUUAUUUCUUCCAUGCUUUUGGCAGGAGCAAGCAGACACUUACGCAUGUGCUUAACUUAACUCGUGUACGUCCUCUCAGUGACUUCAGUGGGGCUGCUGACAUGUACGGUGACCAGAUCACAACACUAAAAUAUUGAGACACAUUGAGGUGCUGUCAGCCCUGCCCACAGUCCACCCCUGCUCCUCCCAGGCUCCGCCCCAGGUCCCACGCCCUCCUCGCUCGGCACUCCCCACACCGUGCCCUUCCUCAUCCCCUGCUGGCUUGCUGCGUCCCUCCUCAGUUCCCCACCCACCACUCGGCUCCUCACCCACCCCUGCCACCCGCCGCUAGCCUCUUCACCCUCCCCACCUGCCACUCCCCUCUUCACCCUCCCCCUCCACCACUCACCCCGAUGGCACUGACUUCCCCUCUACUGGGUGGGUGCUCACCCACCCCCCUGCCUCUUCCUGCUCAAUCAUCCGCCCUCACUCUGCCCCCAUUCCACCCCUUUCCCCCAAGUCCCCACCCCUGCCCUGCCUCUUCUCCAUCUCCUCCCCUGAGCAUGCUGCAUCCCUGCUCCCCCAUCCCCUUCCUCCUGGAAAGUGCUAAGUGCUGCCAAACAGCUGUUAGGUGGCAGAAAGCGCUGGGAGGGGGGAAGGGAGCAGGCAUGCAGCAUGCUGAGGGGAGAAGGUGAGGAGCGGGGAGCUUGGCUGCAAUUUUUCCCCAUGGGUGCUCCAACCCUGGAGCACCCAUGGAGUCAGCACCUUCCUCCCACUCACCUCCUACCUGAAUAUCGUGACAAAUGGUGUCCCGAUCGUACAUUGAUCAGGAUGCUGGACAAAGAGUUAAAUAUCGGGACAGUCCUGAUUUUAUCAGGACAUCUGGUCACCCUGCUCACAUGAGUAAAGUUAAGAUCAUGUAUAAGUGUUUGCAGGAUUGACCUUUACUCUGUACCCAAGGGUGAUUUUAUUUUUCAGUUAAACCCUUUUAGACACUUUUGACCAAAUAGGGUGGAGUGAGGCAGAAAUGUCAGAGAAUAAACAACGCUUUGAUACUUAUUAGCAUUGACAUAGUCCUUACUGAGGAUUUUGUUUAGAUUGGGUGAGAUCAUUACUUUUUAAAAUAUGAAAUCAAUUCUGAAUAUACUUACUUUGCUUCUACUGAGAUUUUAAUCAAAGCUAAUGAAUCCUCACAUUCUCUGUGAUAGCAGCAGCUGAUUGAAUGAUAUUAGUUGAAUAAUUCACUUGACAAAUGUCAGGAUAUUUUUCAAAUAAAUUAUGCAGUGACUACUUUUUUCAUUAUUCA